CGGAGGAGCAGCGAGUCAAGAUGAGAGUUCAGCCGCGGCGGCAGCAGCAGCAGAGCUAUAGUAUAGAUUUGUGAGAAACCAUCCCUUUCCCCAACCUCUUUGCUCUUUCUGCCUUCCUUUGGACUUUCUAACCUGUAGAGGAUUUCUGAGCAAUGCUGGACUGCAGUGACUAUGUUCUAGACUCAAGAAUGAACAAUCCGUCAGAAACGAGUAAACCAUCAAUGGAAAGUGGGGAUGCCAAUACAGGUACACAGACAAAUGGCCUAGACUUUCAGAAGCAGCCUGUUCCUGUUGGAGGAGCAAUCUCUUCAGCUCAGGCUCAGGCCUUCCUUGGACACCUCCAUCAGGUCCAACUCGCUGGAACAAGUUUACAGGCUGCUGCUCAGUCCUUAAAUGUACAGUCUAAAUCUAAUGAAGAAUCUGGGGACUCCCAGCAGCCAGGCCAGCCUUCCCAGCAGCCUUCAGUGCAGGCACCCAUCCCCCAAACUCAGCUCAUGCUGGCUGGAGGACAGAUAACAGGGCUUGCCCUGACACCGGCCCAGCAGCAGAUACUGCUACAGCAGGCACAGGCACAGCUGCUGGCGGCUGCAGUGCAGCAUUCAGCCAGCCAGCAGCACAGCGCCGCGGGCGCCACCAUCUCGGCCUCCGCUGCAACACCAAUGACGCAGAUCCCCCUGUCGCAGCCCAUACAGAUUGCACAGGAUCUGCAGCAGCUGCAACAGCUACAACAGCAGAAUCUCAACCUGCAACAAUUUGUGUUGGUGCAUCCAACCACCAACUUGCAACCAGCACAGUUUAUCAUCUCGCAGACGCCACAGGGGCAGCAGGGCCUCUUACAAGCGCAGAAUCUUUUAACACAACUACCUCAGCAAAGCCAAGCCAACCUCCUGCAGUCUCAGCCAAGCAUCACCCUCACCUCACAGCCAGCAACCCCAACACGCACAAUAGCAGCAACCCCAAUUCAGACACUCCCACAGAGCCAGUCAACACCAAAGCGAAUUGAUACUCCCAGCUUGGAGGAGCCCAGUGACCUUGAGGAGCUUGAGCAGUUUGCCAAGACUUUCAAACAAAGACGGAUCAAACUUGGAUUCACUCAGGUAUAGGUGAUGUUGGCUCGCUAUGGGCAAACUCUAUGGAAUGACUUCAGCCAAACUACCAUCUCUCGCUUUGAAGCCUUGAACCUCAGCUUUAAGAACAUGUGCAAGUUAAAGCCACUUCUAGAGAAGUGGCUCAAUGACGCAGAGAACCUCUCGUCUGAUUCAGCACUCUCCAGCCCAAGUGCCCUGAAUUCUCCGGGGAUGGGGACUGAGGGUUUAAACCGCAGGAGGAAGAAACGCACCAGCAUAGAGACCAACAUUCGUGUGGCCUUAGAGAGAGUUUCCUGGAGGUUGAAUCAAAAGCCUACCUCGGAAGAAAUCACCAUGAUUGCUGAUCAACUGAAUAUGGAAAAGGAGGUGAUCCGUGUUUGGUUUUGUAAUCGUCGCCAGAAGGAGAAAAGGAUCAAUCCACCUAGUAGUGGUGGGACCAGCAGUUCACCUAUAAAAGCAAUUUUUCCCAGUCCAACCUCACUGGUGGCAACCACGCCAAGCCUUGUGACAAGCAGUGCAGCCACUACUCUGACGGUCAACCCUGUACUCCCUCUAACCAGCGCUGCAGUAACUAAUCUGUCUGUUACAGGCACUACAGAAACCCCCUCCAACAACACUGCAACCGUGAUUUCCACAGCACCCCCAGCUCCCUCAGCAGUGACGCCCCCCUCUCUGAGUCCCUCCCCUUCUGCCUCCGCUUCUGAAGCGUCCAGUGCCAGCGAGACCAGCACAACACAGACCACCUCCGCCCCUCUCUCCUCCCCGCUCGGGACCAGCCAGGUGAUGGUGACAGCAUCCGGGCUACAGACGGCAGCAGCUGCCCUCCAAGGCGCCGCACAGUUGCCUGCAAAUGCCAGUCUCGCUGCAAUGGCUGCUGCAGCAGGAUUAAGUCCAGGGCUGAUGGCACCCUCACAGUUUGCAGCUGGAGGUGCCUUACUCAGUCUCAACCCAGGGACGCUGGGCAGUGCUCUCAGCCCGGCUCUGAUGAGCAACAGUACACUCGCAACCAUUCAAGCUCUUGCAUCUGGUGGAUCUCUUCCAAUAACAUCACUGGACGCAACUGGGAACCUGGUAUUUGCCAAUGCAGGAGGAACUCCUAACAUCGUGACUGCCCCACUGUUCCUGAAUCCUCAGAAUCUUUCUCUGCUCACCAGCAACCCAGUUAGCCUGGUCUCUGCAGCGGCAGCCUCCGCAGGGACCUCUGCACCAGUUGCCAGCCUUCAUGCCACCUCCGCCUCAGCCGAGUCCAUCCAAAACUCUCUCUUCACUGUGGCCUCUGCUAGUGGGGCUGCUUCCACCACCACCACUGCCUCGAAGGCACAGUGAGCUGGGCCAAGUCGGCUUGCCGGCAGCCUUCCUCACUUUGCAGAAGGAUUGGCUGCUGGCUGGGUUUAAAACUAAAAACAGGAUUGGCUUCUUCUCACCGUGUUGCUGGGGACAAGGGAGAGAAGGAAAACAAACAAAAACAAGAAGGAUGGAAAAAUGGGACAGACAUUUGCCUAAUUUUGUAAUAAACACUGUCUUUUCAGGAUUGCUUCAUGGAUUGGAGAACUUUCUAACCAAAAAUGUUAAAAAAAAAAAAACACAAAAAAAAAUUAAGUGAAAGGACUACUUCUCAUUUCCAGCAGUCACGAUGACAAGUUAAGGGGGCUUCUCAACCCUUCACUGGCCUUGAACAUCCACUUCCCUUCCACCUCCCUUUAAAGGGCUGACGAGCCACCUGUGUCUCCACCACUGCCUCAGCUCUUCCAUCCUGCCAGCCCUGCAUGUACAAUGCCUUUUCCCUGUUGGGAUAGGGGCUGUCCCCUUUCCCGGGAGGCCUCAGGGGUCCAAGAAAGGACAUCAAAGACUCCUCCCAGCUGACUGCUGCAUACGCAUUCCACUUUUUUUCUUUGACAUGACCAAAAAAAAAAAAAAUCAAAUAUUUAAUUUAAUUAUUAUUAUUAAUAUUGUUGUUAUUAUUAUUAUUUGACAAUCUUCUAUCCAGCUGGCGGUCGAAAAGCUGCAUCCUCGGUCCUUUCACCUUUUCUUUGAAUGUACGUUUACCCCCCACCCCCCAUCCCCAUGGGAGAGAAGAACUUUGCCAGGCCGUGAUACUGCUGCUAUAAGCCAGGGGAGGGUGGUUUCUUUGUUUUGUUUUGUUCUUUUAACAAUUUCCAGCCAAAACCAAAGAUUUCUUAAUGAUUGUAUAAACUCAAAACAAACAAACCAAAGAAAAGGGGAGUCUUUAGCACUGUUCCGAUCUGGGCUGCAGUCUGGCAUUUGGGGGAGCUGGCUGGGAGGAAGGCCAAGGGACUCCUGGCUGGCUCAGAACAGACGAAUGACAAGAAGGAUCCUUUCCACAGGCUAAGGUUGCUCAGCAGUUUGCUAGGGCAGAGUGACUACCAAGCCAGUUUGCCGGCUUUCUACUCCUGAGGGGAAUGUGCUGCUCCCAGUUUUCAGAAAUAGAUAAAACCCAACAGAAUCUGUCCUAUAACAACCAGGGUUUGGCCACCUAGACCUGGUGGGGGGAGGCGGGGUGAGCAGUCUCAGCACAGGGCACUGGGGCAGGCUGGGCUGCUCUGCUAGGGGCACUUCUGAGGGCUCCUUUGGUUGUGUUUUUAAAUUUCUUAACUGCAGCUGCUGGGGAGCAGCUGCCCUGUGGGUGAGAGAUCACCUUGAAAGAUGAUCAGAGCUUCUCGUUUCUUUGUUUUUCUUCCCCCUCUCUCUCUCUCUCUCUUUUGCGGCCCUACUGUGCAACUAUGCAUUGUAUUUCUCAACCUUUCGUGCUAGGUAGAUGCCUGUGACUUUUUAACGUUGGGGGGUGGGGGGGGGGUUGCAAAUGAAGGAACUUUUUACAUGGAUCUUUUUAAUCUCAGUUGAUUGGGGGUUGGGGGGGGUUUGGUUCUAGGGUCAUACAAGCUCUAUCCCAAAGCAAAAUCCAAAUGUUAAUAAUAUUAGCCUGAUGCAGAUACCAAAGAUAAUUUCUUUCCUGCAGAACCUUAGACUUGUGUAUUAAGUAUGAUUACCCAGCACUUGCAUUAGUCUAACCUCAGUAAUUCCAAAGCUUAGAUGUAUAUUUUGGUAUAUUUCUGGGAUAUUAAAAAAAAAUGUCGUUUAAAAUUCUUGUUUGUUUCAGUGUAAUGCUCUUACAGUCAUAGCAUGAAAAUAAUGGAACUGUCCUCUUCUUAGUAGUUUGAAAUAAUAGUAUUUUUGUAUGUUUUGGGUGUGUCUAUGUAUGUAUUAACAUAACAGUUUUCACUGCCUAGGUGUUCAUAAUAAAAAAGAAAAUUAAAAAGUAUAAGUGUACAUAAUAGUCAAUAAUGAACUUCCACCAGACUGUUGAUUUGGGUUAUGUUUUCACUGAUUGCGGUUCCCAGCUGGGAAUCUUUUUUUAUUUUAUUUUAAAGAGACAGCAACCUUGUUUUUCUAAAUAAAAAAAAAAAAAGGUUUCUUUUUUCUUCUUUUUUAAAUGAAGAUUGAUUCAGGGGUGUUUUUCCACUGUUAUAAAUGGAGGGUCUCAAGGAGCCAUAAGUGCCCUUGCCCCCCAGAGUAUUUUGUUUUUAUGUACUUUACUUUUAAAAUGUGAGUUUGUGUUCCUCUUUGUGGAACCUGAGCUGCGGUGUAAAUGAUUCCCUCCCAAAUUGUCCAAUAGCUUUAACAAGGCAAUGACAAUUCCCAUUCAGUUUAGUGGGAGUCCUCUUACAUUUCUCCUUAGAUAAAUUUGCAAUCUAGGUGGCUAUUGUAUAGCCGCCUUUCCCAGACUGCCUGGUCAGCCAAUUCUAACUCUGACAUAAAUACUUUUAAGAGAAUCAGCUGAAUACUUAGAGAUUUAGGUCUUGUCAUCUAUACCCAUAGGAAACACGGCUUUCUCAGUUUUGAAAACCUGAAACACACAAGGCCUGAUGUUUAGGAAAUUAGCUGAUGUCUCCUGAGGCUGGGAGGUGGUGGGGAAUACUGGGGGUGCUUUCUCUUUAAAAGUACCCUUUAACACCCCCCCCCUUCCUCUCACCCUCUGACCCCAGGGGCUGCCUACAGGUGACUGUAGGCUUGGAGAGAUUGUGUAGAUGACAGUGAAUCAGAAUGAAAUGGUAGAUUUUGUGUAGAUGCAUUUGUCUGCUGUAAUUUUUUAUAUAUAUAAAACUUACUGUAACUGUACAGUUCAUUUCUGUUGUAAACAUCAUUAAAC